GGCGCAGCUGCACGCUGUUGUGAGAUGGGCACAGCAGCCCCGAGUCGCUUCAACACCUAAUAAAGACUCCAGAUAAUACGCCUUAUCAACUCCAACAAGGUCGGACCCCAAAAAGAAGACAAAACCUAACCCAAUUCUAUUUCUUACCUUUUCCGCCCAAUCCUCUUAGACAAAUUAUUCAGUGUACCCGGGACACCGCCAAGGGACACCCGGAGGCUCCUUUUCUACCACAAUGUGUGGGGCGGCAAUCGUAUGGGUCCCAUCACAACGUACGGUGAAAGAGGAAUAUACACAUCACGUGGCCGUGCCAAGGCACUGUAUAAUCAUCACACGUCCUCUCAUAUUCUCUCAUUCCCACAAUCUGAAACUCAUCCUACCUUUGUUUUUUCACGUAUGUUGGUUGCAAUGGCAGCAUAAUUUGUGAACGUUCAUUGCAUAAGUAAAUAUAGUCGUACAUUUAUAUCUCGAAGAAUUAUAUCGGAGAGUAAGAUGAAGGGGGAUGAGGAUCUCGGGCCGGAUCGCGGGAUGGAUUUCGAGACCGACGACGAGGAAAACCAGGCCGAAAGGGUUUGCGAAGACGACGGCGACUACGAAUCAGAGUCUGAUGUCACGGCCCCGUCGCGAAGUGCUUCCAUGCAUCAAAACAUUGACAACCCAACAUGGCCUCAAAGUUACAGGCUGUCCAUGGACAUGUACACAAGCGCGACACCCCCCAACAUUAGCUUCCUAACAGGCUCUUUCUUGAUAUCAGCCCGCAAGAGAUCUCAGGCUGGUGCUCAUUCUUCUCUGCCUGCAGACCAUUUCCAGAGUAGUACUGAACCCCUCAUUUAUCCAGCAACUAGCUUGGACAAAGAUGAAGUCCCUACUUCAUACUUACCGGGUGAAAAAUUAUCUGCAACUAGUUCUCAGCUGUCAAGGUUCUCUAAUUGUCAAUCGGUUCCGACAAUGCAGCAGUGUUCAUAUGCACAAUCCCUUCUUAAUGCAAUCAAUGUACUAUGUGGAAUAGGACUCCUUUCAACACCAUAUGCACUCAAACAAGGAGGGUGGUGGAGCCUCGCCAUUCUCUUCAUCUUCGGUAUCAUUACUUGCUUCACUGGAAUUCUUUUGAAGCGUUGUUUAGAAACCUCUCCUCGUCUCCAAACGUACCCAGAUAUUGGACAAGCGGCAUUUGGAACCCCUGGUCGUAUAUUUUUAUCCAUAUUCUUGUACAUAGAGUUAUAUUCAUCUUGCGUGGAAUACUUGAUUAUGAUGAGUGACAAUCUUUCUGCACUGUUCCCAAAUGCCAAUAUGAAUUUCUCCGGAAUUCACCUUGACUCUUAUCAACUCUGCAUGAUCACAUCAACACUCAUCAUACUUCCAACUGUUUGGCUUCGAAACCUUAGCUUGCUGUCGGUUAUUUCAGUUGGAGGAGUAUUCACAGCUGGUGCUGUGUCACUAUGCCUGUUGUGGGUUGGAGUGGUUGACCAAGUUGGUUUUCACCCAAGUGGACCAGCUUUGGACCUUGCAAAGCUUCCUGUCACACUUGGGCUUUUUGGUUUCUGCUAUGGGAGCCAUUCAGUUUUCCCAAAUAUCUAUUCUUCAAUGAAGGAACCGUCAAAGUUUCCCUCUGUUCUAAUAAUCAGCUUCAGUGCAUCUUGUUUACUGUAUGCUGCGGUUGCAGUAUGUGGCUUUUUGAUGUUUGGUCACUCAACGAAAUCACAGUUUACCUUAAACAUGCCCUCGGGAUUUAUGGCUUCCAAAGUCGCAGCAUGGACCACGGUUGUUGCGCCUGUCACCAAGUAUGCCUUGACAAUUACCCCUGUAGCAUUCAGUUUAGAGGAACUCUUGCCUUCGGCUCUGGAUAGAUCUUACAGCAUAUCAAUACUCAUCAGAACGAUUUUAGUGUUCUCAACUUUAGUUGUGGCAUUGACAGUUCCAUACUUCGGUUCAGUGAUGGCCUUUAUUGGAUCUUCGCUUGUCAUGCUCAUUGCUCUAAUUUUCCCAUGCGCGUGUUAUCUCAGCAUUUGUCGUGACAGGUUAACAAAGUUGCAGAUUUGGGUUUGCAUUCUCAUAAUGAAUGUGGGGUUGAUAUGUGCUAUCGUCGGCACAUAUUCAGCAAUUACAACCAUAGGUGAUGAGAAAGUAUGAUCAGAGAGAGAAAGAGAGCAGCCUAGCUCUGCUGCACAUAUUUUUGUUGUGUCAUCAAACUACAAGCCAUACAAAAAGUAUACAAGCAAGUCAAGACUCAAGAGAUUCAUAUACCAUCAAAACAUCAGAAAGAGAGACUGAAUGGAAAGCAUUCAGUGGGCAUAAGUUUCAGCCCUUGUUUUGGCUGACAUUUUUAGCUUGUUCAUUAAUGAGAUUGAGCUAUUUUUGUUACCAAGGGCCAAGGACGGACCGAAGGGCAGAUGAUCCUGGACGAUUGCCCUACCCAAUUUUCAACUUUCUUCGUAAUUGUAGUAGUUUUUCCGUGCAAUUUGUAAAACCAUAUAGGAUGCCCAUGGAAUGUUUUCCUUUAAAUCCUAAAACCCGUCUAUCCAAGUUUCAAUAUAAAUGCAUUUUACGUCAUUUUACAACAUGAAA